AUGACUGCCUCUACGCUUCGCAGAGCCGGCUAUGGCAAUAUCUCGCUUCUCUGUCUCGUCUUUCUUACCCUUUCCCGCGUAACUCUGGCCGAAUCCAUCCUCGCCUUCGCCCCGGUAACCGCCCUGGCAGGCCUCGACGGCCUCAAUGCUCGUCACCUCGCCGGUGCUUGCCCUGCAUCCACCCAAACUGCAUGUGCAGACGGUCUCGGAUGCUGUCCCAUCGGUGCCGCAUGCACAUAUUCGCGUGACGUACCUGUGUGCGACGAAUCAUGCAACGGCGGUCCCAGCUGUCCCAAUGGCGGCUGCUGCCAGUCUGGAUAUGUCUGCGGAACUACGAAUAACCUUUGCUCGCCUACUACAAAGCCGACCAUAGCCUCUGCCCCUACUCCGGCCAAGGAAGACGGCCAAAAGGAGGUAGACGACCACGACAACGGCAUUGUCGUUACCCCUACUACUCCUCCUUCGGCCCCUCUGCAUGCUGAACCGACUCCCUCUACAGACGACCCGUUGCCCGGUAGUAGCAGUGAUAGUGGUACUAGAAGUGGUAGUGUGCAUUUGCCUACGUCGACAAAGACCCCGACUGUACCGUCAUCGCCUUCGGUUGUUUCUGCGACUUCUACUACUACCUCUGGCACUGGAGGAACGAAAACAGGAGGAGGCACGAAAUAUGUUGCCGAUAACAGUGCCACGAACAAAUCGCCGAGCCAAUCUGCGCAGGCAACUAGUACUGGUGCAGCUCAUUCGAUUGGGGUUGCCGAUUCUUUGAUGGCGGUGAUAAUUGGUUGGAUUGCGGGACUCGCUGUUGUGCUCUGA